CAAUAUUCAUUACUUAAUGUUUACAUGUGUCCAACAACUAAAUUAAGUUGUAAAUAAUUAAUUGUGUUGAUCUCUAUAAAUCUAUGACAUCCAAUUUUAUAAAAUGGGAAUGGUAUAUAAUCUGUAGAGAUCAGUAUUAAUGACGUUGGUGUCAAGUGGACCAUAUCGCCAUUAUUUACAAAUAGGCCCCGGUAAACUCUUAAAUCGCUAUCAGAUUGUUUGCUUCAUUAGAACAAGACUAAAGAAAUGAAACUACCACUCAUUUAUUUUUAUGAGUGAGUAAUGAAGGUACGCAGAUGAACAUUUGAAAUAUAAAAAGGGAAAAGUUACCAAAACGGAAAUAAAUAUGGAUAAUAUUACCAACAUAAUAAACACUACAGCUUCAAUUAUGAAUGGAACAACUGAGCGUGGACCGACACCACUACCAGCGACCCCUCCACCACUUGGUUACUAUGGAGAUACGAGGGUGAUGAUGUGGAAGAUAGUUCCACCUAUUAUCAUGCUCUGGGGGACCAUCGGGAACAUUUUGACAAUAAUAGUACUUUUCCGACAGAAGAGCAAACUGUCGUCGACGGCACUUUACCUGGUAGCUUUAGCUAUCUCAGACACGAUGGUUCUAUUCACCGGGCCUUUGAGACACUGGCUGAAGGAGACAUGGGAUUACAAUAUCAGGUUUAAAUCUGAGGCAGGUUGUAAGUUACAGCUCUACUUUACAUAUGCUGCCUUACAUUGCUCGUCAUGGUUACUUGUUGCCGUGACUACAGAACGUGCAGUUAGCGUCGUGUACCCUCACAAAGUAAGACUUGUGAGCACCAAGAAGACAGCAACAAUUGUUAUAGCUUUAAUAGUUAUAAUAACAUAUGGAAUAAACAUCGUCAUCCCUGUAAUAAAUGGACAUGAUACUUAUAUGAAACUUCAGAAGUGUGCGCCGACUACGAAAGAGUAUUUAGAAUUCCGUGAUGACAUCUACCACUGGAUUGACUUUUGUCUUACUUUUGCAUUACCAUUUAUAUUUUUACUGGUCGGGAAUAUAUCAAUUAUAGUAUGUUUACAAAGGUCGAGAGCAAAGCAGAAAACAAUGACAUCCGCACAUGGACGAGGCGGAAGUUCGACCACACGUGACACAAGGUCUGUGUCAGUACUUAUGAUUGCCCUUUGUGUGAUUUUCUUCCUAACAAUGACUCCAGUAAGUAUAUUCACAACAAUCUACUAUCCUAACAAGUAUGACAUUAUAAAUGAAUUAUUUAAAACGGAUCCUUACCAAGCAUGGGAUGACUACCAGUUUCUCCUGUUUCAACAUUCUGUCGUUAAUCUUGUUAGUUACACGAAUGCGGCGUUCAAUUUCAUUCUAUACGUUUUCAGUGGUAGCAAAUUUCGUAAGGAGCUAAAAUCUCUUUUCAUGUGUUCGGCUAGUACAACAACCGGCGCUUUUAGCCAGAACACGGUCAAAUCAUCCAAAACCGUAUCUACAUCAGUUAGUGCGACACGACAGUCAAAGUAUCAGUAUGGGAAGGAUGAAAAUGGUACACAAUCAAAUGGCACUAACAAUAUUCAAAUGGAAGCCACCAAUAAUGAUUUCUCUGAUUCUGCUACUACAGGGGAGAAAGAUCCCAUAGAAUAAACUUUGCUGGCAAGAUAAUAGAAAUCCAACAGGUAAAAAUACGACAAUUAUUUACAAAAAUAUCAACACCAAAAUAACUUUGUCUGAUGAAUGUUGAUAAAGUUGUGUGAUUCAAUAAAAGUAAAGGACAGUGAAAAAUGUAUUGGAACAUAAUAUUUAGAUUCACCUUAGACCUAGUAAUCAUAUUACUUGAGCAAAAGCUUUAAUAUACAGAAUGGAACCCUGCAUUCAUUGAAUACUUUUUUUAUUUAACAAUUUCACCAUGGACAAUACAAGCUUCAAUUGCUAAAAUCUGGAAAAGUGGUGAUCCAUCGGAAGCAAUGAUAACAACUGUAUUAAAUAAAAACUUCAGACUCUGUUUGAUUUAGUCUGUUCCUUAGAUAAUGUAAUUGAACAUUAUCUCUUACGCCCCCUAGCACCUGCUUAAGCCGGUAUUCUUCAAUCUUCAGCACUAAUGUGCUGGAACCAAUGAUCCCGUCGGACCAGAAAAAAUAUAACAAUUUGCAAUGUAACAAAUGCAUUAUUAUUGCAAAAUCAUUUAUAAAGCGUUGUUUUGUGUAUUAUAUUUUGUUUUUUUAAAGAUGUUUGUUUAUUUUUAUCAUCUUUUUCUAAAUUUCUAAAUGGAGUAAAUGAAUUAUUUGAUGAAAUAUAUUUUAAAUUUCAAUAUAUUUCAAAUGUUUCAUUCUAACAGAGAAUAUAGGAGCUACUUCUUUCGUAAUCUAUUCAGUAUUUAUUUUUUUUUUUUGAUAAAUGUAAAUUGAUGUCAAUAAUAUCAACUACUGUACGAUUGACGUGUACCUCAACACAGAAAAUUGGCACAUUUGCUUACAUUGUAAUUGUUUCUAAUUAAAAGUUAAAUAUAAAGAUAUAAAACAACAAUUAAAGUAAUUGCCGGAGAGAACAUCAAAUAAACAUGUUGUAAUUUAUUUUAAUAUUGUAUUUGUUCAAUAAUUGUUGUCUUCAAUUUAUAUCGUAAAUAUGUGUUCGUAUGUAGGCCAAGAGGUUUAACUCUUUUACAGCAGAAGACUUUAAUUGGAGGAAUGUAAUAAAAAAGAAUUUACCAAUUUAUUCAAAAUGACCGCUUAUAUAAUCGUGGUUUGUAACUGAAAAAAUCAAUCAAACUUAUUCUAUUUUUCUGUACUUUGUACUGAAAUAACAUAUUUGUACUGAAAUAACAAUUUUAUUUCGUGAUAUUUUAAGAUUUGAUAAAUAUUACACUUUUUUGUAAGGUGCGCCUUCGAAGUUCAAAUUG